UGCAUGGGUUUUUUUUGGGCACCUUGGCGUCCACCAAUGGCUGUGCGUAUUAGGGUAACUGUCGUGCACCUGAGCCAAUCACAGAGCAGGUAGGCGGGGUUUCAGGGAGCUCGGAGGUGUGUCUGAAGAAUACGAGUCUUACAGCUGCAUACUGUAUCCAAGUCGAGGAGUAAUGGCAUGAGUACUGCUUUAUACUGUUUAGACAAGCUUUACGCGUUUGGAAACUAAACCCCUCGACUCUCUCUGCUGUCACGUCACUCACUCACCAGGCCCUGCAGGCGCUUAGAGGCAAAAGGUGGAGGACUGUCGGACAAACUGUAAACUUAUAAGUCAAGAGCGACUAAAAGUCACCCAAACUCCACAGCUCUGAAGAGGAGGCUCUCCAAAAACGAUUCAUCCUCUCCGUGCUGCUUCUUCAAGGAAGGACACGCUGCUGCUGCUGGUGGACAUGUGAAUUUUAAAAAAGGAGAUACUUUGCCAAGCACAACAAUGAAACCAACGACUGCCCCGUGUUGCUUCGGCUUUCUCCUGACUUGCUGCCUCUUGUUCGGCUCGAGCUCUUCGCAAUCAGUAUGCGCUGGUACAGAGAACAAGCUGAGCACCCUGUCGGACCUGGAGCAGCAGUACCGCACCCUGAGGAAAUACUACGAGAACUGUGAAGUCGUCAUGGGCAACCUCGAGAUCACAAGCAUCGACCGCAGUCGGGACCUCACCUUCCUCAGAUCUAUCAGAGAAGUGACGGGCUAUGUGUUGGUGGCCCUGAACCAGUUCGACUACUUGCCUUUGGAGAACUUGAGGAUCAUCAGAGGGACCAAGCUGUAUGAGGACCGCUACUCCCUCGCAAUCUUCCUCAACUACAGACGGGAUGGAAACUUCGGCCUGCGCCAGUUGGGUCUGAAAAAUCUCACAGAGAUCCUGAGUGGAGGCGUGUAUGUUGACCAGAACAAGUUCCUGUGUCAUGCAGACACAAUCCAUUGGCAGGACAUUGUCAAAAACCUUGGGACGCAUCCUGUGGUGGUGCCAACCAACAGCAGUGUCACAUGUCAGAAGUGCAAUCGUUCCUGUAACGGUCGUUGCUGGGGACCCAAAGAGGACCAGUGUCAGAGCUUAACUAAGACAGUGUGUGCCGAGCAGUGUGACGGCCGUUGCUUCGGUCCCUAUGUUAGUGACUGCUGCCAUCGUGAGUGUGCAGGUGGCUGCUAUGGACCAAAGGACACAGACUGCUUUGCCUGCACCAACUUCAAUGACAGUGGGGCAUGUGUGACCCAGUGCCCCCAGCCCUUCGUCUACAACCCCACCACCUUCCAACUGGAGCACAAUCCCGGGGCAAAGUACACCUAUGGAGCCUUCUGUGUCAAGAAGUGUCCUCAUAACUUUGUGGUGGACCACAGCUCCUGUGUGAGAGCGUGCCCCAGUAACAAGAUGGAAGUGGAGGAGAACCGCAUUAAGAUGUGUAUCCCUUGUACUGACAUCUGCCCAAAAGCGUGUGAUGGCAUUGGUACAGCCAGCCUACAGGCAGCUCAGACGGUCGACUCCAGCAACAUCGACAAGUUCGUCAACUGCACCAAAAUCAACGGCAACCUGGUGUUCCUCAUCACUGGGAUCAAAGGGGACGUGUAUCACAACAUUGAAGCUCUGGACCCAGAAAAACUCAAUGUAUUCCGCACCGUUCGCGAGAUCACAGGAUAUCUGAACAUCCAGUCUUGGCCUGACAACAUGACAGACCUGAGUGUUUUCUCCAACCUGGCAACUAUUGGGGGAAGAGCGCUGUACAGUGGGAUCUCCCUGCUGGUGUUAAAGCAGCAGGGCAUCUCAUCACUGCAGCUUCAGUCCCUGAAAGAGAUCAGCGCUGGGAACGUCCACAUCGCAGAGAACAGCCAGCUCUGCUACUACAACACCGUCAACUGGACGAGACUGUUCCGGGCUGCGAACCAGAAGGUUCUCAUCCGCAACAACCAGAGCCCACAGAAGUGCUCCAAGCAGCGCAUGGUGUGUGACCCGCUGUGUUCGGACACCGGGUGUUGGGGUCCUGGCCCAGACCAGUGCCUCUCCUGCAGAUACUUCAGCCGUGGACGAACCUGCGUGGACACAUGCAACCUUUAUGAAGGGGAUAUGCGAGAGUAUGCCAACGGGUCAGUGUGCGUGGAGUGUGACGCCCAAUGUGAGCGAGCUGACGAUGACUCUUUGACCUGCAACGGUCCGGGCCCAGAGCAUUGUGUGAAAUGCCUCCAUUUCAAGGAUGGUCCUAAUUGUGUUGACAAGUGUCCCGAUGGCCUGCAAGGAACCAACAGCUUCAUCUUCAAGUACGCAGAAGCCAACAAUGAAUGCCAUCCCUGCCAUGCCAACUGCACCCAGGGGUGCAUUGGACCAAGACUGCAAGACUGUAUUGGCUGGAUGGACAGAACCCCUCUGAUCGCAGCGGGGGUGAUCGGCGGCCUCUUCUUGGUGGUGAUCAUGGUGCUGAGCGUAGCAGUGUCUUUGCGCCGAAAGAACAUUAAGAAGAAGAGAGCCCUCCGUCGCUUCCUGGAGACAGAGCUGGUGGAACCUUUAACACCCAGUGGAACAGCACCCAACCAAGCCCAGCUUCGCAUCCUGAAAGAGACAGAACUCAAAAGGGUCAAGAUCCUCGGCUCCGGGGCCUUCGGGACUGUUUACAAGGGUAUUUGGGUCCCAGAGGGUGAAACGGUGAAGAUUCCUGUAGCCAUUAAAAUCCUGAGCGAGGCCACGGGACCCAAGGCAAACGUGGAGUUCAUGGACGAGGCCCUGAUCAUGGCUAGCAUGGAGCACCCCCACCUGGUCCGCCUGCUGGGCGUCUGCCUGAGUCCCACCAUCCAGCUGGUCACACAACUGAUGCCUCAUGGGUGCCUGCUCGACUAUGUCAACGAGCACAAGGACAACAUCGGAUCCCAGCUGCUGCUCAAUUGGUGUGUCCAGAUUGCCAAGGGGAUGAUGUAUCUGGAGGAGCGUAGGCUCGUCCACAGGGAUCUGGCAGCCCGAAACGUCCUGGUCAAAUCUCCCAACCACAUCAAGAUCACCGACUUUGGUCUGGCUCGCCUCCUGGAUGUUAACGAGAAGGAAUAUAAUGCUGAUGGAGGAAAGAAUGAACCGUUUAAUCUACAUGGGGAGCGGGUCUUCUCCACGGAGUCCGCCAUGUUGCACCACCAUGUGUCAAAGAUGCCCAUCAAAUGGAUGGCACUGGAGUGUAUCCAUUACAGGAAGUUUACUCAUCAGAGUGAUGUUUGGAGUUACGGGGUAACCAUCUGGGAGGUGAUGACCUUUGGAGGGAAGCCAUACGAUGGGAUUUCUACCAGAGAUAUCCCUGACCUGCUAGAGAAAGGAGAGCGUCUUCCUCAGCCACCCAUCAGCACCAUCGACGUCUACAUGGUCAUGGUCAAAUGCUGGAUGAUUGAUGCAGAUAGUCGACCCAAGUUCAAGGAGCUGGCUGCAGAAUUCACUCGGAUGGCUCGUGAUCCCCAAAGAUACCUGGUCAUCCAGGGUGACGACCGCAUGAAGCUGCCCAGCCCCAACGACAGCAAGUUCUUCCAGAGCCUCCUGGACGAGGAGGAGCUGGAGGACCUGAUGGAUGCUGAAGAGUACCUGGUGCCCCACUCAACAUUCAACAUCCCACCACUGGCAUACACUCCCCGCGCACACAUGGACUCCAACAAGAACCAGUAUGGCUACCAGGACCCCAGUUUCAGCAUGGAGGACAUGCUGGCCACCCUCCCCAGAGUGGUCUCUGCACCACCGGUGUCCGGAGGCUGCCUCGCACCACAGGAUCUGUCCUCUGGCGGUGGAUUUGGCCGUGGCAACCAGGACGACCCUCGCUGCAAUGGAACCCUGAGGAAGCAGGCCUCCCCAAGGUCAAGUACCCUCGGGCCUGGCUCGGUUCUCGCUGCAGGACAAGGUGGAGGAGAGGACAGUAGUGCACAGCGUUACAGCGCCGAUCCCACCGGACUGUUAGCAGAACGAGCAGGAAAAGGAGACAAGGACCAGGACGUCUACAUGACGGCCAUGAGAGACAAGAACAGCUCAGACUAUCUCAACCCAGUAGAGGAAAACCCCUUCGUCACGCGCCGUAGGAACGGUGACGCCCACGCAGUGAUUGACGGAGCGGGCUGCCACACCCUGCACAUGGCCGGAGCCGCUGCUGCCUCCAAGAGCCAGUCCACCCACGGGGAGGAUGAGUAUAUCAACGAGCCACUGUACCUGAAUACCUUCCUCAACCCGGGAGACAAGAACGGAUUGGCCGGCGCGGUCUCCAUCUCUGGCCCCGGGUCCUCUGCUGCCCAAUCAGUAUCGCAGACAGUCAACCCAUCAACGUCGAGCCACACGGUCUCCUCCACCGGAUACGUGGUUCCCCCUGGCCACCUCCCCCACCCGUCGUAUCCAUCACACACCCUGCACCCGGGGCAUUCAGGACACGCUCUGCACUCAGGCAUCACCAGCAGCACCAUCAUGUUUGAUAAGAAAGGCAAGAAGGCCACUUUUGACAAUCCCGAAUACUGGCAGCACAGUCUACCCCCGAAGUCCUCGCUGCACAACCCCGAGUACCUGCAGGACUGCAGCACGCGCUUCUUCUACCGGCAGAAUGGACGCAUUCGCCCCGCUGUGGCCGAAAACCAGGAGUACUUGUCCGAGGCUGCUAUGAAAGCUGGCAAUGUGUUGCCGCCCCCUCCAUACAGACAGAGGAACACUGUGGUGUAGUGACCAACCUGUAGCACAAUGGAGGUGAUGAAUAGAGGGAUAGGGGGUGGAGAUAAAUGGAUGGUGAACAGUCCUCUCGUUUCCAUGCAGUACUUCUCAACCUGGUUCUCCCUGAACACGUCUCUCUGUUAUGUCUGAUUGCAAGUAUUUUAGUCUCACUCUAAGGUUCUGCCUUUUCUUGACAGGACUACAAUAACAGCCUCACUUGACAUCAAAACCAUCUUUUUUAGCGCCAUCCUCGGCCAUGAAAAGCAAGCAGACACAUUUCUUCGAGGUUCUAUUCUGCAGCACACUGUCCUGCCAUCCUAAAGUAUCAGAACGGCACAAAAAACAACACAAGAAAUGAGAGGUUUAAUCAGAGAAAGGAGAAAUAAACUGAGGUUAGCCCAAAGAGAGGAUUAUCGCCAUGACCUUACAUGCUUUUCUUUAUUAUACACCCAUCAAUUACACUUCACCAUGUCCUUUUAGCACAUUUUCCACCCAGAUAGAUGCACACAUUGCUAUUGCUUGUGUGCAAUCUAUCAAAUGACACAUGCACACGCAGUAGUGUCGUGACUUACCAGCAAACCCGCAGUCAUGCCGAAGAGCCCAGAUGUGACUCGCAUGCCUGCCCACACGCAUCGUUGGCUUUAGCGCACCAGUAAUGGAAUUCAAACAUUUAUCACACGCAGCUCAUAUCAUACCUAAAACAUGUUAACACACCUGCAGCCUUGACACACCAACAACAUCCAUACAUGAAUUCAUAAGUAAAAUACACGCACACUGACAGAUAAGCUUGCUGCCACUUGAAAUGUAUUCUGGAGGAGAAGCUCAAUUGACCUUGUGCUGGAAGACUGUGUGUGCGCCGAUAAUGGCAGUCAGUGUUGCAGCGCAGAGAAAAGGGUCAGCGGGAAAGUAAAUGCCACCGCGGUUUUAUGGAAAGCUGUGAUAUCGCCCGGAACCUGGUGGAAAGCAUUCGGCAGAUUAUUAGCACGGCUGGGGUGGGCUUUAAAAGGUUGAUCGCUCAGAAGACGACCCCUAACUUCUCACGUCUUUCUUGUUCCACUUUCAUCCACAACAACCCGGUCCGAAGAGCCAGCAAAUCAUCCACUUCAACAUUACCUUCAUGAUAUCAUUGUAAGCAGCAUCGUGACUGAUAUAACCAAUGGUAACUGCGGUACGAGGAAUAAUGUUUCAUUGGAACUGGGGCUUGUGAAUGGACAGAUAUCUUAAUAGGGAAAUGAGUGUGAUGAUGGUACAUAUAAAGGGACAAAUAUACGAUUUUAGCAUACAUUUUUUUUUUUUUUUCGGCAUCAGGGAUCUGUUUACCUUGUCACCUUGUCUUACUCUUACUCUUA